CUUUGGCUUUACAUCAUGAGUGUUACUUUUGGCGAUGUUGAGGCUGCUUGGGCUCGGAUAAACGUCACUCGUACGCCUGUCCACACUUGCGCAACAUUUGAUGCAUUGGCUUCUCACACUACACCGGUUGAGUUGUUUUUCAAAUGUGAAUUAUUCCAAAAGACUGGCUCCUUUAAAUUUAGAGGUGCAAGUAAUGCUGUUGCUAUGUUGUCAGACGAGGAAGCUAUAAAUGGAGUGGUAGCACAUUCUACUGGUAAUCAUGCUCAAGCAAUUGCUUUGGCUGCCAAGGCACGUAACAUACCUGCUUAUGUGGUUAUGCCUCACAAUGUACCUGAAAUCAAAAAGAUAGCAGUUCGGGGUUAUGGUGGCACUGUCGUUGAAUGUAACCCACCACAAAAAGCACGCGAAAAAGCCGCAAGUGAUAUCCAGGCAUCCACUGGAGCAGUGUUAAUCCACCCAUUCGAAAAUCCUAGGGUGAUGGCUGGCCAAGGCACAAUUGCCUAUGAAUUCUUGGAACAGGUGGAUCUGGACGCUUUGAUUGUUCCCGUGGGAGGAGGAGGAAUGAUCUCAGGUUGUGCUGUUGCAGCCAAGGGAAUCAAACCUACUAUUAAGGUGUUUGGUGCAGAACCUGCUGCUGUAGACAAAUGUUCUCGUUCCUAUAACUCCAAGACACACCAGACUAGCCUUCCGGGAUCGACUUCAGUUGCUGACGGAUUGCUAACUACUCUUGGCGUGAAUGCUUUUCCUAUUUUGCUGUCUAGUGUAGAUGGCGUGUUUACUGUAACCGAAGAAGAGAUUGUCCGUGCCAUGAAGUUGGUGUGGACACGGAUGAAGCUGAUGAUUGAACCAAGCUCAGCUGUUGGUGUGGCUGUUGCUCUUUACAACAAUGAAUUCCAAGAGAGAGUAAAAAAAGAUAAACUUGGCCGUAUUGGGAUUGUGUUGGGAGGUGGAAACGUGGAUCCUGCACGGGCUAUCGAAUUGUUUGAAAGAUACAAAUAAAUGGCACGUGCCUGAAGAAUAAAAAUCAUUCCGCUCAUAUAAUCAAUAAGAGGCAAGAAAGGAACAUCUCGGAAAUCCAUACAAAAAAUAAAUAAAUCUUGGGUCAUUUUUAAUACUUC